AUGGAGGUCGCUACCACACAGUACGAAGCCUUAAAAUCAUUCCUCGAAAUACAUCUCGCCAACGAAAAUGCCGAUGGUGCAAGAGCAGGCGCGAAAGAAAAAUUAAAUAAACUAACGCAAGUUCAAUUCUAUGAGCUUUCCACGGAUUUCCCAAAGCCUACACCACAGUAUUAUCCACCAAAUAAUAAAUUUAAUAAUUAUCAACCAGCAGCACCUGGACAAACUACAAUUAUUCCUAAAACUGGAACUGUGAAGCAGGAAAAAAUCGAGUAUCAAAUUCAGAAGCCCACCAGUCGACCAGGUGCACCAACUGCUGACAAUAAUGUUGAAAGUAAUCCAAAACCAUACGUAAAUGGUAAUCAUAGUAAUAUUCCAAUACCGGACAGUAUGCCACCAGAAUAUGGACUUUCAAGGGCACCAAGGAGUCGCUCCCAAUCCACUGCGUCUUCUGUGUCCGAUAUAGGACAUCAUUAUAUGAGCAUGGCUAGCGUUACUAGCUCUUCAAGUAAAGGAACUAGGGAUACGGUUAAUAGCCAAAAAUUAAAUUUUGAAUCACUUGACAAUUUGAUGGCUGACCUUGGAGAUAUUAUUGGUCAUAAAAAAGAGAGUGUAAAUUCCAAUGGAAACAGUCGAAUACGUAGUCUUGAAAACCAAUUAGAAGAAUUAUUAAAAAUAAAUGAUCAACAGAAGUCUCAACUGGUGCUAUUGGAAAAAGAAGUUAUUAAAUUAAAUGAAGAACGUCAACAGCAACUAGAGGUUACCAAUGAUGUGAAAAAAGAGGCAACGUCUUUAUUAGAAGAAAUCAAAAAACUUUCGAUGAAAAAUGAAGAACUAUCUUCAGAAAAGGAACAUGACAGUGCCAAAAUCAUAUCUUUGACAAAAGCAGUUGAUGAAUGGAAAAGCAAAUACGAAAAGGCAAAGGCCGAAAUGAACAAUAUGAAUGAAGCAUCAUUUGCCGACGUAGAUAUGUUGAAAGACUACUUGGAACGUCAAACCGAAUCCAUAGUUCAGGCAAUUCAAACGCUUCUAGGUUCUAUUCGAAAUGGGUCGUAUGUUAAUGAACUUUCCGAAAAUAUCGCCAAUAUUGCCACGAUCGUUGCUAAUGUUAUUUCAACGUGUCAAAACUUUUUUGGAUCAUCAUCUGGUGCUCUUUAUCGUUUACGUGGAGACCCUAUACUAAAAGAUCUGGAGAAUGGUGUUAACAAAUUGGGGGAGAUGCGAGAAACAAUAAAAAAUGAUGGUGAAAGUUUUAUGAGCAAUAAGGCUUCUAAGCAACGACUUGCUAGUGCAUCUUUUGACAUUGCCAAAUUCACAAAAGAGCUA